UAUAUCCUUGACCAUGGUUCUUUUCUUCGCUCCAUUCUCCUCACUGUGCACACACAGGGAUUGGAAUCUCCUUUUCCCACUACAACAUGGAGGACGUAGGUCGCCAUGCAGCUUCACUACUGGCGAGGCUGAACCACCAACGAGAGCAAGCUCACUUGUGUGACUGUGUGCUCAGACAGACACUGGACCCAGCUCAUCUCUACCCAGCACACAAGUGUGUUCUGGCUGCUGCCAGUCCAGUUCUGGCCACUAUCCUCUCCUCUACAGGUUCCCUGGUGGAUCUACAGGCUCCAUAUCUGGCCGACUCUGUCCUGGAGCUCGUGUUGGACUUCAUUUACACGGGAGUUCCGCCUCCCGCUCGGAGUUGGCAACAGUACCGUGAUCUACUUGCCGCUGCCCGCCUCUUGGAGAUGGAGCAACUGCGGGAGGUUCUAGUGAGUGCUCCACCAAUGGAAAUGAAUGAAGCAUCUAGUGAACCUUUUAGGGCUUGCGGGAAUCAUAUGCCUCUGUAUUUGGAUCACAGUGUAGCAUACACCACUGAGGUGUCAAAAAAAGAUAGGGAGAGGAGGAUACAAAAUAGAGUAGACAAAAAACAUGUUGUCCCUUUUACGGCCCAUGUGGACCAGGCUUCUCCCUUAUCGUCCUGUGGGCCAGUACCGGUCAUUCGUCACAGCAGCAGAGCCGCAACGAUGCCGUCCAGCCUCCAAGUGGCUUCUGUGGAGGAGAAUCACCAGUACAGGAACAAGCAUUGUAUUGAUGACUCACAUGAGAUACCGCUUGUGGAGGUCUCCUAUUCAGGGAACUACAGUGAAGAUAUGAGCGUAAGAGAGGAUCACUGCAUAAAGAUCCAACUGGAAGACAUCUGUGGACUUGACGAGAUAAGAACACAGCAGGAGGACUCCAAAAAGUUGGAAUCAGAGGUGCUAACCACCAAUGGGAACGUUAAAGUCACACAUCCACAUCUUAGUGAUGACAACAUGUUUCAUCUUCAGGAGACAUCUUAUCGAGGAUGCCUUCGCUAUCACACACAACACCCAAUCCUUCAUCAUCUCUCAUCAAAUUUGUCAGAGCGGUCCAGUGAUGAAGACGAGGCCGGUGUCUACAGCAGUUUCAAACCUGGAAACCAAACAUCUACUCUACUUCUUCCGGACAAGACAGCAUCUGCGAUUGGCCGCAGUCACACAAACAAGGACGACACUGGGACUUCAUGUAACGAGGCUAACAGACAUUUAGCAGUGCGAGAACAACAUGUGGCGCGUAAACAAGCCUACACAGCUCCCACCGUGCGCGACUACGUUCAAGCGUCUACGUCCACGCUCAGCACGCUGCGGCCCGCUCGCCACCCGUUCCAGUGCUCCCUCUGCACACGCUCCUUCAGCCAGCGCGGCACCUUGAACCGACACAUGCGCUCUCACCUGGGGGUCAAGCCCUUCCCCUGCCCCCGAUGCCACAUGACCUUUUCCCGCCAGUACCGCGUGACGGAGCACAUGCGUGUUCACCGGCGCUGCGGCGACCUCCAAAGCAACUUCACGAAGAGUUCCACCUCCUCAGCUUAACGUAGCACGAAGAGGACACAAGUGUCGGUUUGUCUAGUGCUGGGCGUCCUCAAUAGAUGGACUAGGUCUGGACCCAGACAGACGCAUUCAAUAUGGACCCAAACCUAUUAUAAAAUAAUUCCAUCUUAUUUAUUUGAUUACAAUUUCAUGUCAAUCUCAUGUUCCCAGGGCCUUCAGUAGGGCUGGUCAAUGUAACUUAAACUAGAUUAACAAUGGGACUAUGUUUUUGACCAAUUAGAAUUCAAAUUUGUCCUUGCAGGGCCUGCUAGGUGGCCUACAAUUUUUCCUUCCUUGAAUUGGUUGGUUCAGGGAAAGACUAGUUCGUCAAGCAAAACAUGUCUGAAGUAAGCGUCACGAAUGAAUGAAUAUACAUUUCUGGUGAGUAUUAUGUAUUUUCAUUUAAAUGCUUUAUGUUUUUGUCAUAUUUUUAGAUGUUACAGAUAUAGCUAUAGAUUCGGAAUUGGUACAGAUGGUUUAGAAGCAUACACACAGUGAACGCUCUAUUUAUCGCGAAGGAAACGUUCCAGACCCACCUGCAAAAGGUAAAACUUUGCUAUAUAGAGAGACCAUAUGAAAUCAAUGUUUUAAAUAGCUUUACAUC